AUGAGGCCACUCCUGGUCUCGCUGAUAUUAACAUCAGUCUUUGUGGCGGCCAAAAAGCCGAAUGAUGAUCUCUACAUUCUCCUCGAUGAGAUCAACAUGUUCUCGUGCCGUGGCGUGAAGAACGAGAUCAAAAUGACCGAGGACGAUGUUAAUAUCGUGAAUGAGAAGGGCAACCGAGUCUAUUACAUCAAGGCUCCGGGAAACUAUUCGCUACACUUUAGGCGUAUCAAUGUUCUGAAUGAUUUUGGGUAUCUGACUGGAGAGAUUGGAGUGACGUUGCAGGUGCCGUUGUUGGAGGGGCCGGCUGGUAGGUUUGAAGAGGGAGGCGGGGGUUUAAAAAGUAGGGAUAUGGGGCUGUUUGGGGGUAAGAAAAAAGCAUUAAGCUUUGUUUUUAGCUACAAUUUUAUAUAAAAAAAGCAAGUUUUAUUAGGUCGUUCAAAUAAUUUUGUGCCCCGUAACCUUAAAAAUGUGUUUUGAGAGGAGGCACAAAAUUAUUUGAACAACGUAACAUCUAUUUAAAUCCAAAAUCAGAGUGUUUUUUCAACGUAAAACACUUAUUUUUGAACUAGUUGUAGUACUUUAUCGUCUUUCUGGGCUCACUAACCUAUAACAAUAUUCCUUAUAAUAAAAAUUUAUCAAUGCAUAUUUUUUUUAAUUGAAAGUACAUCAAUACCUUUCUUUUUGUAAUGAAAUACGUUUAGGAAUCCGCUUCGAUGUGCCGUACACGAUGAUUCCGGAAACAGGAUUACUGAACCAGCAGUGCGAUGAAUUCAGUGGGAUUGUCGAGCGUGACAAGAGACAAUACUGGUCAGUUAUUAUUAUGAAACUUUUCUACAUGAAACGUAACGUAACAAUAAAAAAAAGUUUAUAGAAAAAAUUUUAUUUUAUAAUUUUUUUUUUUCAAAAAAAAAUUUUUGAAUUUCAGCCGCUACUGUGAGCUCUGUGGCCUCAGCGAGAAGAUUGAGAAGGGUCUGAACCAAGGAGAACACAAGUUUUUGCCAGCCGUUGCCAAAGGCCAAGAAAGUUCAUUCUCACCAAAGUGCGGUCAAAUCGACGCCAAAACUUAUGAAUUCAAGAGGUCGAUUAGCCUGCCAAGCCGAUCUGAACUUGAGGACAAGAUCAAGAACAAAAUCAACGGUGUUGAUGAGGAGAUCAAAAAAAGAUUGAAUAAGGGGGUAGGCUUUGAACGUUGAAGGAGGUUCUUGUUGGGUUAGGGUUAUGCGACAAAAAUUUUUUUUUGUUUUUUGAAAAGUGUCAAUUUGAAAAAGUAUAUAUUACAAUAGCAAAAAUAAGGUAUAAAUCUCUUGCUCACGUGGAUGUUCUUUUUUAUUUACUUUGGCUGUUCAAUGAAACCUCUUUAGUAUAAGAUGUUUGAUAGUGUGACACACUCUUUAUAAUGGCAGCUUUUUGACCGUCCUUCGUAAUGAAAUUCCUAUCAAAAAGUACAACUUUGAUAUUAAUUCUUGCUGAAAUUGGUACAAUAACUUUUAAGAUAUAGACAUAGAUAUUCAAUGUUGUAGUAGAUGAGCUGCUUGACUUGGAGCUGUAGAUUACCUAUGGUUCUAAAGCCCUAAGGAUUUACAGAGCAUAGUUAUAAAGUAUUCUUGAUUUAUUAAUAUGUUUUCAGCGUGGCCGUUUCCAAGUGUUCUUGAACUUGAUCAGCGCUGAACAAAAGCCAAUCAGCCAAAAGGCUUGGUUUGAGGGUUCUGAACAGGUAGGUCUUUUUAGUUUAUUUCAGUUAAAAUACUAUUCUUUUUACUUUUAAAAGACAAUAAAAAACUUUAUUUUAUUAUUAUUAUUUUACUUUUCUCAAUAUCAUAUCUUCAGUGCCGAUGCUGUAGCCCAACACCAGACGCCUCGUGUCGUAGCUCAUUCAACUUCUUGUACUGUAAUUCAGAAGACUGUAAGAGUGCAUGGGCUCAACAAUGCCUUCACAAUUCGGCCAAGAUUGUCGCUUGUUAUACGGUAGAGUUCAACUAUCGUAUGACCACGGAUUACGGUGAAGUUGUCAAGUUUUUGAAGGAAAACAACUACCCUAAUCAGGAUGUGGUCACUGAGGGACCUCCAACGUAGGUUUGCUUUUUAUAUUGAUUGUUUUGAAUGGAAAGUAAGGGUAGGGUAGGGUAAAAUAGGAUAAGGCAGUGUAGGUUAUUUUAGAGUAGGGUAGGAUAAGUUAAGUUAAAGUAAGAUAAGGUAAAGCAGGGUAGGUAUGAUAGGGUAGGGUGUGGCAAAACAGGGUAGGGUAGAAAGGGUAGAAAACAAUUUAAAAACUCGUUUUAUUACCUAAAAAGUCAAAAAAUAAUUUGAAGUCGAGAUUAAUUCAGACGCUUUAAAAUUAGAUAAAGGUAUUAGUAAGCGGAUAAUCAAUGUUAAUGUAAAUACCGUAGAUUUAAUCUCCAAUUACGGAUUACCUCUUCUUUUUGUUACAUUUUUGACACUUUUUGCAAAACACUUGUGGUUUUAACAUUAUAGGCUUGUUUAAUAAAAUUUCAUGAAUAACAUCUAAAUUUCAGUACCAAAGCACCAGCUGUAAAACAACAAGAUGGUCCCAUUCCACAGAGAUGUGUUGGUAUGAUGGCUGAGCGAUUGCUACAUCUGCGAAGGUAUUGUACCAUCUUCUGGAACGAAAAGCUGUGUUGUCCUCAUUGUGAAGGUGUUUGUUAA